AUGAUCGAAGCCAUAGGGAAUCAGUACAUAGUGGCCAGACCAGUGUAUUCCACAAACACUUUUGGAGAGGAGUUCAAGAAGACGCACAGACACCACAAGACAUUCCUGGAUCAUCUCAAAGGGUGCUGUAGCUGCUCCUCACAAAAGGCCAAGAAAAUUGCCCUGUCUUUGUUCCCCGUAGCAUCUUGGUUGCCAGCGUACAAGAUCAAGGAAUGGCUUCUGAGUGACAUCGUUUCUGGCAUCAGCACCGGGCUAGUGGCUGUACUACAAGGUUUAGCAUUUGCUCUGCUGGUCAACAUCCCUCCAGCCUAUGGGUUGUAUGCUGCCUUUUUCCCAGUUCUAACCUACUUUUUCUUGGGCACGUCUAGACACAUAUCUGUGGGUCCGUUUCCAGUUCUGAGUAUGAUGGUGGGAGUUGUAGUUACAAGAGUGGCCUCAGGAGGCAACACUGCUUCAGAACUGUCCUCAAGCUCAAUGGAAAAUGAUUCAGUGGUAGAGGAGAGGAUAAUGGUGGCUGCAUCAGUGACUGUUCUUUCUGGAAUCAUUCAGUUGGUUUUGGGGGUUCUGCAGAUAGGGUUUGUGGUGAUAUACCUAUCUGAGUCCCUAAUCAGUGGCUUCACCACAGCUGCUGCCAUUCAUGUUUUGGUUUCUCAACUGAAAUUCAUGCUGCAGCUGACCGUCCCAGCACACAGCGACCCAUUCUCUAUUUUCAAAGUCCUGGAGUCAGUCUUCACACAGAUUCAGAAGACUAACAUUGCAGACCUCGUGACAUCUGUGAUUAUUCUAGUGGUUGUAUUUGUCGUUAAAGAAAUCAAUCAACGCUACAGAAGCAAGCUUCCAGUGCCUAUCCCUAUCGAACUCAUCAUGACUGUGAUUGCAACAGGUGUAUCCUAUGGCUGUAACUUUGAACAGAAGUUUGGCGUGGCUGUGGUUGGGAAUAUGAGUUUAGGAUUUCAGCCCCCUAUUACACCCAGUGUACAAGUUUUUCAAGAUACCAUAGGAGACAGCUUUGGAAUUGCGAUUGUUGGCUUUGCAGUGGCCUUUUCCGUUGCCAGUGUCUAUUCUCUCAAAUAUGAUUAUCCAAUUGAUGGCAAUCAGGAGUUGAUUGCCUUGGGAAUAAGCAACAUAUUCACUGGAGCAUUCAAAGGAUUUGCAGGGAGCACAGCCCUUUCCAGAUCAGGGGUUCAGGAGAGCACAGGAGGCAAAACACAGGUCGCAGGACUCCUCUCGGCUGUCAUUGUGCUGAUUGUUAUUGUUGCCAUUGGAUUUCUCCUGCAGCCACUACAAAAGUCUGUCCUGGCAGCUUUAGCUCUUGGAAACUUAAAGGGAAUGCUGAUGCAGUUUGCUGAAAUAGGCAGAUUGUGGAAAAAGGAUAAAUAUGAUUGUUUAAUUUGGAUCAUGACCUUCAUCUUUGCCAUUGUCCUGGGACUCGGAUUAGGCCUGGCAGCAAGUGUGGCAUUUCAGCUCCUAACUAUUGUGUUCAGGACCCAAUUUCCGAAAUGCAGCACACUGGCUAAUGUUGGAAGGAGCAACAUUUACAAGAAUAAAAAAAAAUAUGCUGAUGUGUAUGAGCCAGAAGGAGUGAAAAUUUUCAGAUGUCCAUCUCCAAUCUACUUUGCAAACAUUGGUUUCUUUAAGCAGAAACUUAUUGAUGCUGUUGGCUUUAACCCACUUCGAAUUCUACGCAAGCGCAAUAAAGCUUUGAAGAAAAUCCGAAAACUGCAGAAACAAGGUCUGAUACAAGUGACACCUAAAGGGUUCAUCUGCACCUCUGAUGGCUUCAAAGACUCUGAUGAAGAGUUGGACAACAACCAGAUAGAAGAGCUGGAUCAGCCGAUCAACACCACAGACCUGCCCUUUGAGAUUGACUGGAAUGCCCGUCUCCCCCUCAAUAUUACCGUCCCUGCAGUCAGCCUCCACAGCCUCAUCCUCGACUUUUCAGCUGUGUCUUUCCUUGAUGUCUCCUCAAUGAGGGGUCUCAAAACGAUUUUGCAAGAAUUUAUUAGGAUCAAGGUAGAUGUAUAUAUUGUGGGAACAGAUGAUGAUUUCAUUGACAAACUUGCUCGAUGUGAAUUUUUUGAUGACGAAGUCACAGACUCAAUAUUUUUCUUAACAAUCCAUGAUGCUGUUUUGCAUAUUUUGAUGAAGAAGGAAUACAGCACUUCAAAGUUUAAUUCCAGCCAGGAAAAAGAAAUGAAAUUUGACUUUACCAUAAAUACAAAUGGAGGAUUACGUAAUCGAGAAUGUCAGGUACCAGUUGAAACGAAAUUCUAA